AUGAACUCCUCCACCGCCGUCCUUUGCCUUGAUUGCUCUAGAGAUCUUCCCGUCGGGCAGCGCUUCGAUCAAGAAGUUCUGAACGUCCUCCGGGGCACCGGCCCACCGAUGAACGUCGAACAGGAAAUACUCAACGCCACACGCGCUAGAACCCGCCUUCGCGUCGAGCUCGCGCGGGCAGUGAGCCUUCAGCGUGAGCUGCAAUGCGAGAUUGCAGCUACCGAGACCUAUAUGGCGCGCCUUCGUUCGGUCAACACUCCGUUUAAUCGACUUCCGCUCGAGCUCCUCGAUGUCAUCUUCGCCCACGUCGUCAACAGGGAGGCCGAUAAAUGUACCUUCUCUUACUCUCUCGAGAACGCCACAUCCACGCCGACGACGCUCUCCCACGUCUGCUCGCGCUGGAGGCAGCGCGUGAUGUCUAGCAGCGAGCUCUGGACAUCUAUCUGCAUCACUGAGAAGCCUUCUGCUGUAACGCCAGCUGGUUAUUGGGAGCGUAUAGGUCAGGCUGUGCUGCACCAUCUCAUAAUGUCUUCGACAUCCUUGCUCAAAUUGCGGAUCGGACGCGGCGUCAGCUCUCAGCGUAUCCUUCGUCCGCUCUUCACCCAAGCCCAUCGCUGGCAGGAGUGCUUAACGGACAAUGAAGCAAUUACCUCUUGGAUGGCCCUGAUAACACACGUCGAUCACAUCAAGCUGGGACAGUUGCGCUUGCUCAAGCUGCCGACUGUCGAAACGUGGACACCACAAAUGCGACUGGACAGACUGCGCGCCCUCGAAGGGUGUAUCGAUCCCAAGGCUGACUUCUACCUCAAUUGGGGCCAACUUACAUCCCUGAUACUUUCAGAAGAAGUCACCCCGCAAGCUGUGCAUGUGAUCCUUCAGAAUUGCCACAUAUUGCGAAGACUUGAAGUUUGCGUCAGCCACCGACCAGAUGCCGCGGUCGACGCCAGCAUCUCGUAUCCCGAUGUGCAUCACGCCUGCCUACGCAGACUCUUCGUCGUUAGCACAGGCGCUAUGUCUGGGGAAACCACCAUAUUUGCGCGCCUCACUGCCCCCGCGCUUGCAUCCAUCACAUUUCAAGGAUAUUCCGCCGCUCAAGCAUGGGAGUGGGAUGCAAAGCAAACGGUUGCAUUGAUUGCUUGCGUGCGACGCUCAAAAGCGCGCGUUCAGCAGUUGGAUCUCUCGUUCAUGCGCAUGGAAGCCGCGGACCUCGAGCGUGUGCUGGACGGUCUGCCUCAACUGGAGAAGCUCGUGGCUGUCGACAAUGCGCCUUGGGUUCCCCUCUCGCGCUACCUGGUGACUACACUGCAACCACAAGGUCCAAACGCCGUCUUGCGUGUACCGCACCUAGCCGAGCUGGGUAUUUUCGGGCUAACAGAGCUUGGAGAAGAGAUGCGUCAGGACCUAUACGAAGUCAUCAAGCAGCGCACUAUCCGCCGCGGUGGUGCCCUGACUAUGCUGAGACUGGCAGACACUGAGCGUGCGGCCUCCGAAGCGCAGAAAUUCUUCACGCAGGUAGGGGAGCUUGUUCCUGUCUACAUUGAUAGUAUUUCUUCGAGCAUGACUAUCGUAUAUACGUCGGCCACAACGUUGUUCCCUGCUUUGUGA